AUGGUGGCGCUGGGUAACUGCCCUAGUCAGAAGUGUGUUGCCGUGAGAGAGGUGUGUGCUGUGCAGGGGCGUGGCCGUGGAUGGUGGCGCUGGGGCUACUGCCUAGUAAGAAGGGCGUGGCCGUGGAUGGUGGCGCUGGGCUACCGGCCGUCUGCGCGCUCCACGUCCAAAGCCCCGCGCUUCCUGUGCGGCGCGUCGCUCAUCUCGCUGCGUCACGCGGACGGCGCCAGCCCCGAGGACGUGGCCAUCCGCGACCGCCGCGUGCACGAGGGCUACAACCCCAACUCCUUCGUCAACGACAUCGCGCUGCUCACCCUCGAGCGCGACAUCACGCCCACGCGUGGGCCAUCAAGUUCUGAACUGCUGGAGCUUCAAAUACCCGUUGUGACCCAGGAGAAAUGUAAGACAGCUUUCGAAAGAUUCAAAACAGCCGUUAUCGAUGAGAGAGUCCUAUGUGCUGGAUAUGAAAAAGGAGGAAAAGAUGCCUGCCAGGGCGAUUCCGGCGGGCCGCUGAUGGCCCCGAACGGGACCACCUACUACCAGAUCGGAGUCGUCUCCUACGGCUACCGCUGCGCUGAGCCGGGAGUGCCGGGCGUCUACACAAGAGUCACGUACUUUCUGGACUGGAUAGUGAAGAAUAUGAAGUAAUGCUGCUGAAAACAUCAUUUUGUUCUGAUAGCUCUCUUAUUCCUAAUGAAUAGUCUACGUGAAAAUAAUUGAAUUUAUGAUUUUUUUUUUUCCAUAACUUGUACUGCUAGUUUGAUUACGAUGGUAAGGUACCGUAUUUCAAAUUAGUGAGAUUUUGCACAUUGUAUUGUGAAACUGUAUGAUGAAUGUUAGAUACAACUACGAGACUUGUAUCGUUUAAAGUCUUAGAAGCAUUUUUUUACGAUAAAUGGGAGCACUUUCGAACUGUGUCGUGAGUGUGGCUCACGCUACCAUGCCCCCUCCUCUUGAUUUGCAUUUUGUGCGACUUGAGGCACAGAGUACGUUGUCCGGCAGCAUGACAAUGGGUACAGGUAAUGCAGGAUGUUCGGGGAGGGAACGCCGAAAAUAAGCGCUUAAGACAAUUUUAAGCAAAUUUUGUCUCAUAGAGUCCUUGGGCAUUCCAAAUGGCUAAACACUGAACAGUUGGUUUGAAAAAAUACUUUCUAUGCAAAAAUUUGCAUUUUAGUAACAUAAAUACUCUAG